AUGGGGCCCCCGGGCAAUAGGGGAUCAUGGGGCCCCUGUGUCCUUGCCCAUACUCAAGCACACCCACCCAAAAAAGCCUAUAAAAAGUCUUUCCUUAUUAAUAAUAAUCAACAUUGCCCAGUCACAGAACAAGGGAUCGCCAAUGCAACUUCCAACAUGUACAGUACAUUAAUGGAGCAAACAGGGGCGGACUGACAACUCAUGGGGCCCCCGAGCAAUAGGGGAUCAUGGGGCCCCUGUGUCCUUGCCCAAACUCAAAAAAGCCUAUGAAAAAGGUACCAGGGGCAUCUCAUGGGGCCCCCUACUGACUCCGGGCCCUAGGGCAGUGCCCGAGUUUCCAAAUGGUCAGUCCGCCCCUG